AUGGAAGUAGGAAUGUCUCUGAACGCGCUCCUUCGUCUUCCUCCGACGAAUUCACGCUUCCUCCACAACGACAACGUUCCUGUGAGGCACUCUCUGGUUUCGAACCGGAGGCAGCACCGGAGUUUGAAGGCUCCUCAGCGUCACGUGUUUGUGGUUGAAGCCAAGGGCAAAAAGGGAAUGAUGGCUCGUCAGUUCCAGCGUUCUGCUCCUCCUCCUUUGCCGAAACUCGAAGAUGAUGGCAAUCCCAAAUUCGUCAUCUUCAUUCGCAUGGCCAAUGUCUACCUUUGGUAUCCUCUUAGCAUUGUAUCAGGUGGCACCACUGCGAAAAUCAUGGUUGCAGCUAAAGAUAAUUUUCUUGGCAAGUAUAUCUACAAAGACACCCUUGAUAGAAAUCUGGCCGCUGUUAUCUACCGAGAUGAGAAGGAAGUACAGAAAUCUGCUUUCAAACAACACCGUGUGUUGCGUGCAGCUACUGAUUUCAGAUACGGCUACAAACUUGUUGAGAAUAACAAUAUAAGAUCUGCACUAUCUACUACCGAUGUUAUUGAGCUCCCAACAAAAGAUAAACUAAAAACGGUGCUCGAUAAAGUGAAAGACUUUUUUGGAGACGCAAAGGAAUCUUUUGGAAAGAUAACAUCAUUGGGCACUACUGAAACGGAGGAGUCAGAGGAAGACACAAGAGAUAAAACCAAGUGA